AUGAUCAACCAGAGCUCCCCAACAGGCUUUGUCCUCCUGGGCUUUUCUGAACAUCCAAGACUUGAGAAGAUCCUCUUCAUGGUUGUCUUGACUUCCUAUCUCCUGACCCUGGUGGGAAACAUGCUCAUCAUCUUGCUGUCUGUCCUGGACCCCAGACUCCACUCUCCAAUGUACUUUUUCCUCUCCAACCUCUCCUUCCUGGAUCUCUGCUUCACCACAAGCUUUGUCCCCCAGAUGCUGUUCAACCUCUGGGGCCCAAAGACCAUCAGCUUCCUUGGCUGCUCUGUCCAGCUCUUCGUCUGCAUGGCCCUGGGGUCCACUGAGUGCAUCCUCCUGACAGUGAUGGCCUUUGACCGCUAUGUGGCUGUCUGCCAGCCCCUCCACUAUGCCACCAUCAUCCACCCUCGCUUGUGUAAGCAGCUGACAGCGGUGGCCUGGGUGAUAGGUCUGGUUCAAUCAACCAUCCAGACUCCACCUACCCUCCGCCUGCCCUUCUGCUCCCACCGGCAGAUAGAUGAUUUCUUAUGUGAAGUCCCAGCUCUAAUUCAACUCUCUUGUGGAGACACCACGUACAAUGAGAUUCAGAUGGCUGUUGCCAGUGUCUUCAUUGUGGUUGUGCCCCUCUCUCUCAUUCUUAUCUCUUAUGGUGCCAUUGCCCGGGCAGUGAUGAAGAUUAACUCCGCAAAUGGAAGGAGAAAAGCUUUUGGGACCUGCUCAUCCCAUCUCAUGGUUGUCCUUAUUUUCUACAGCUCAGUCACUGCUGUCUAUCUCCAGCCUAAAAACCCCUAUGCCCAUGAGAGGGGCAAGUUCUUUGGUCUCUUCUAUGCGGUGGGCACUCCUUCCCUCAACCCUCUCAUCUACACACUGAGGAACAAGGAGGUAAAGAGGGCAUUCAAGAGGCUGCUGGGGAAGGAUGGUGACUCCAGGGAAAACUGA